GCUUUUAUCUCUAAAUGAGCAUUAUUUUCGCGUAUUAUCUCUAAAUGGGCGUUAUCGUUAGCUGUCGUGGCAAAAACACUGAGGAGGCCACGGCGGACGAUGAUCGUCAAUCCAACAAUACUUCACCAGAUCCAGAGAACGCCAUAUCUGCAAUUCAGACCACGAACGAAUUCAUUCGUCCUUUGGAAAAUCCUUAUCCGCCAUUGCCUCCAGUAGACGAAGUGGAAUAUGGCCCUGGAGCCGCGGCAGCGGCCGCUAACAUACCCAGACCUAAAACUUAUGCCGUAGUUGUCAGCAGACUUGCUGGCCAUAGAUGGUUGAAAUUAAAGUUGGAACCUCGAGACAAGGCCGAUGAAAAUCCCGUUGAAGAAACUGGCGCAGAAGAUUGACACCAUUUUGUUCCACUUUAAUUUAAGAUGCUUUAUAGAAAGACACCAUUGCCUUCAUCAUUCUGUUGAAGGGACUUAAUAUAAAACGUCCUAUUAUUUCCCAAUUUAUUUUUUAAAAAAGAUUGCUGGCAGUUUAGGUUUAAGAGUAGUCACUACUCACUAUGUGCACAAUGAUGUUCGAUUGUAGUUCUUGCUCCUCGUCAAGAGAAUUCCAGUUGAAGAAACAUACGAACGAUUGUGCUUCAAAGAUGUCAGAGGGCCGCCGCAGCCAGGUGGUAUUGCUUGAUGAAAGAAGGUUAGAUAUUGUUAUUCAGUCAAGAUUAUACGCUGGUGAACUGUUAGACAUUGUUGCCUCUCAUUUUAAUUUGAAGGAAAAAGAAUACUUUGGAUUGUCUUUUAUUGAUGACAGUGGGCAUCAUUCAUGGCUGCAGCUUGAUAAAAGAGUGUUGGAACAUGAUUUUCCCAAAAAAUUCACUUCACAAGGAGCUGUUCUGAUACUUUAUUUUCGUAUUAAGUAUUAUGUAGAAAGCAUCACUCAACUUCGGGAUAGUGCCACUAUUGAAGCAUUUUAUUUACAGACAAAAUCUCUGAUUGCCAAGGGUGAAUUAGAAAUCGACAGUGAGAUUAUUUUUCAGUUGGCUGCAUUAGUCAUUCAAGCAAAUUAUGGGGAUUUUACAGAUGAACAGACUUUCAAAACUCAUUUAAAGAGAUUGCCUGUGUUACCAGCUUGUACACUCAAAGAAUUCCCAUCAAUUGCUGAAUGUGAGGCGCAAGUACUUGACCAUUAUAAAGUUCUUGCUGGGCAAACCAGAGGUGCUGCUAUUGUUAACUACUUGAGUAUUGUUGAAAGUUUACCGACUUAUGGUCAACAUUACUAUGAAGUAAAGGAUAAAGCUGGAAAUCCUUGUUGGCUUAGUUUGAGCUAUAGAGGGAUAAGCCAGUAUGAUAAGAAUGAUCGACGCACACCUAGAAGGGUUUUUUUAUGGAAACAAUUGGAAAACUUGUAUUUCCGAGAUAGAAAAUUUACAGUUGAAGUCCAUGAAGCAAGAAGAGUUGUACAUACACUUAGCUCUUUCAAUUUGUAUGAGGAUGCCAUAGAAGAACCAGUUGAAGAAUUUGAUGAUCUUUCUAAUGCGAUCUGUGAUCCUACAACUCAAGUAUCUGUCAGUAGAAGAACAUUAGCACCUGCAAGUGUCACUGUAUACGUGUGGUAUGCUGCAUCAUCUAACAUUGCAAAAUGCAUUUGGUCUAUGGCAAUUGCUCAACACCAAUUUUUCUUAGAUCGAAAUCACAGGAAGAGUGCCGGACGAAUUGUACGUAGCUUGAGUCAGAUAGCCUCUGAACUGAGUCGAAGCAUACAAUCACUCUCAUCUGCCAGCUCUCAGUCAAACAUCAGCCGCAGUAAUAGUUCAACUAGUCUUCCCACCAUUGUAAUUGAAGGAGAAUUAAGUGAGGAAAGCAAAGCUGCCACUAUUGAAAUGUUAUCUGCUCUUCAAUCAAGAAAAGAUGCUCUUCAGGAUGCUCUGAAGAAGAAGACUGAAGAACUGAAAGCUCUCUGUCUGAAAGAAGGGGAAAUUACUGGUGAAUUGCCUCCUGAGACACCAUUUCAGCCAGGAGAGGCACAACCUCAAGUGAGACGUCGGAUUGGAACAUCUUUUACUAUAAGUGACAAAGUGUUUUAUAAAGCUAAAGGAAAAGAUAGAGAAACAUUAAAUGAGUUGGAACUUGAAUAUGAAAUUCAAAGCAAAAUUGCAUCUGCUGCCUUUAAAUUAGCAAAUGAUCAUACAGCACGUAAAAGUGUCCGCAAGUUACGUAAAGUAUCAUAUGUACAGGCUACCUCAAAGUUGAGAGAUAUUGAAGAAAAGUUGAGCACUCUGAAAAGAGAAAAGGAGAAAAAAGAGCAAAAAUCUGAAAGAGAUAAUUUAAAGGAGAAAAGUUUAAAUGCACUGGGUUUGCCAUCAUCUUCUUCAGAAAACUCUAUAGCAGAUAAGAGCAAUGUUAAUUCAUUAUGUAUUUCUACAGUUCCUCCCUCAACAUCCCUUCCUCAACUGGCUGAAGGAACCUGCUCUUCAGCACCUCCAAGUCCAGCUAAAUGCCGGCAAAGGCAUCAGUCUCUACAGCAUGUUCCCAUCAUCACUGAUGAUGUUUAUGAGGAUGUCUUGCCAUACAGUGUUCAAACGAGGAGAAAUUCCUCUUCGUAUUCUGCAGAAUAUGAUGCCAGCAGCUGUGGUAGCAGCAGUCUUGCAUCUUUAGGCAUUCCUUACAGGAAUCGAUUUGAAGCCAACCUAGACAUUGAGGGUACAAAUCACUACAGUGUUCCAAAUCGUCGUGCUAGUCAAGUCUUCAAUGAUACAGAUAUUUUGUCUGACACCAAGAGUCAAGAUACUGUCAGUCAUUGUUGUGUUGAUGUCAAUAAUCCUGGUAGAUAUUUGAGCACACCAUUAUCAUGUUCAUAUGAUGAUAGACUGUCCUAUAGUAAAGUAGGGAGUUACUCGUCUUCUGUGAAAGACAAUACCUACGACAAAACCUCUAUUGAUAGCAAUUGUAUAGAUAGUGUGAGUUGUGCCGAUUCUGCUUAUUUACCAAUGACUUAUGUGACAAAAGGUAGUGAUAAAUUUAAUCAUGCUUAUUCAGAGAAUUCAUUGCACAGAAGUCGAUCAGGUUCAUUACAUCGCCAGUUGAAUCAGAUGCACAUUAGUGAACCUCAUUUGAAUCUUGACAGUGUUGAUACAGUAGAUUCUAUGCAUCAUGUAUAUAGUGUUCCUUCACUUAAGAAUGUACUCCGUCCAAUGAAAAAUGGUAUUUCAAAUUCUACAAUGUCCGAUUUCUGUUCUGGCAUCAGCAACCAAUCCAUAAACCAAGUUGCUGAUUUGGUUCAAGCAUCAGUUCUUUUGCAAGAUUGUAAAAGGGCUGCUUCAUCUAGUUUGUCUGAAUUUAGUGCUCCUAAAACUAAGACAAAGGAAUGGACAGAAACUUCCCUAGAUUCACCUGUUGUUGAACGAAAACGGAAGCCUAAAGUGCCUGAAACAUGCACUCAAACAGAACCCACUCAAGCAGCUCAUUGGCUUGAAAAUGGUUUGCCACUUGUUCCAGACCACUCUGACUCAUUUUAUACAUAUCCACAUUCGCAGCAAUCAUUUUAUGAUGAUCGCAGAUUUAGUCCAAAUAGUUCUGAUCUUAGAAAAUCACCUUCUCCUCUUCUUGUACAAGGCAACUUCCCAGGUAAUUUUGUAGAGCACAGAAAUGCAAACAUAAAAUGUUCAUUUCCUUCUCAAAAGCCAUGUGAAAGUCCCAAGUCUAGAUGCAGCCGAUCUUUAUUUUCUGAUGGUAACCAGUAUCAUCAUUAUGAGAACAUUACUGAGUUAUCAAAUGAAUCCAAUAAUCUUCAACAUACUCAGUCACAUCCUUUUUAUGAAGAUAUGCAUCCACCAUGUGACUAUAAUUUAAAUGCUAUAAAAAUGGCACAAGAGAAAAAUACUCAGGCUUUUAGGCAUCCCAAUCAUGAUUUCAUUGAUCAACCACCUGUUAAUUUUUCUGUUGCACAACCACAAGAACCUCCGAAACGUCCAACUAAGCGCAUUAAUGCGGGUGACUGUUUUAUAUCUGAAGGCAUUACUGGAACAGAUCUAUGUGAAUACAGCACUUCACCACCAAAUGAUAUUUAUGAACCUAUCACUUUCCAAGAAGACAUGUCCCACCGUUCCACUUAUCCACCAAAACACUCUGAUGCUACUGAGCCUGUUCAUCAGUAUUCACAGUCAUAUGCAGAAUCUCUCCCACCUGAGAUUGAUAAUAAUCUUCCAAUUGUGCAGAACUGGCAACAUUUCUCGCCAGGCUCUACAGGAAUGGAAAAUUCGUCCAUUUCACCUGUGCCGUCAACUAUGAACUUUUCUCCUAAUGUGGAGGUUAAUGUUGUAUCUGUUGGUCACUUUCAGCCCUACUGGGAAGAAACAAAACCAUAUGAGAUAUCAGAUUUUUACAAGUAUAGUACCAAGCAUAGAAGACAGCAGAAGCCGUCCAGGGAGACAAAGGAGAACCAUUCCCUCCAAACACUUGAUGAGAGUAGUGAUUCAAACCAAUCUCAGUUUUAUAGUCAGAAUGUUGAAAGUGGAAGUGGUUUGAAUCAUGACAGUAAUUGUCCUAUGAACCAUCACCAACCACAAGAGCUUGUGUCUUCUAAUGUUUCUGCAUUUAAUAACAAAGAAUUAGCAGAUUCUUCUGUAAAUUUCAACUAUGAAAAUUCUCCCAACUCAGUUUUACGGAAGAAAGAAGAUCUAGACAAAAGCCUUUCAUUAGGUGAAAUGGAACUUCGUAUAUCUUUAGCUGAUACUUUUCAUGAUGAAAUGGUGAACUGGUAUCAAAACCAAGAUUCUGUUAAAAAAGCAACUUUAGUUUGAAAAAUGGCACAAAUGCAGAUAGAUCUUUUAGUUAUUUCUACAAAUCCUAAAGGUGUUUUUAUUCAAGAAGUCCUGAGAAAAUAUUUGUACAUAUGGUUAUGUAUUUAUUUUUAUUGUAUAUAUUGAAAAGGAUGUAUAAAAUGAGACUAUAAAGUUUCUAAUAUAUAC